AUGAUAACAAUCUUACUCGUUUGCGCUGCCCUAACUAUCAGCAGAUGUCAUUCACGUGAUCAACUGGUGGACAUUACAAAUUUAUCCAGCUGGGUGCAUUGUUCCUCAAUUUGUUGGUGUACCUCAGACAACUACAGCCGUACUUAUGGGCGAUGUUUUGUAACACAUUUGGAUGAAUCAAUAGACUUUAACUUGUCUAGAAACCUUUACUCGUUGUAAGUUUAGGACCUAUGAGCUUUCAUAGAUAAUUGUAGUCUUGCCACCAGUCGAUUGGGAAAGCGCCGAAGGCUUGAGGGACGCUCCCGAAGGAAGCUAAUGUGAGCGACUUAAGUCGCGAGUCAGCCUCGGGCAGGAGGACGUUGUGGAAAAAAAUCCGCUAAGUGGUAAACUGUUUGGUUGCAACGGCUAGGCACACAAACCUUUUUUGACCAGCAUCAUUUUUUCAAACUUCGUUGUGGCAUUUGACCCUUUAUUCCAUCAGUUCCGGGAAAAAUUAAAAAUGUUCUUUGGGAUUUUCAAAACCUUUGACAAAAAAUCAUCUCCAAAUACGGUAAACUGCAAAUAGGACAGUAAUAAGAAAUUAAUGCUAUUUUUCGAAUCAUUGAGUCAAUCUGGAGUCAUGUAGAUGCAAUGUAUGGUCCACACAUUUUGGCUUAGUUUUACACGAUUCUAAAGAUGAAUUGCGUCCACUUAAGCCAAACAGGCAUUCUUCUAACGAAACCUAAUUUAUUUACUUUUUUUUUUGCAUUUUUUCAGAUCUCUUGCUAAUAACGGAAUUAGAAACAUCCCAAGUGGCGUCUUCAGUAAUUUCGAAAAUCUAGAGAUCUUGUAAGUAAAAUCAUUGUUUACAGUAACAACAUUCUGUUAAUGCUAGAGAACAUCCAAUUGAUUUUCUCAGUAUAACCAUACGCGUUGUUCUCCUUCAGGUCUUUAUCAAAUAACAGCAUUGAAACAAUUAAAGCAGGUGCAUUUCACGGUUUGAAGCAUCUUCGUAUUUUGUAAGUAUGUACAUCUCUUCAAUUGCUGCUUGACUUUAAAGGGGCUAUGUCAAGAAGAUAUUGCUGUUUUAGGUGAAUUCUGUGCUAAGUCAUAAAUUAGAGCCUUUACACAUACACAACUAAGCCUGAACUAAGCAUACCAAAAAGACUGAGAGGAUACCGAACAUAUUUCAUCAGGGAACAGUUAUAAUUAAUAAUGUUUGGUGAUUUCUGCAGGCAUAGCAUUAACCCUUUCACUGCCGGAGUACUUGAUGGAGUCUUGUAAGGUGACUCUAACUUUUGAGUCUCUGGACGAAAUCGUAUGAUGUGACUAUUCAAAUGAAAGCUCUCUGCCUGUACUUGCACAUGGUGCUAUUUAUUUUUCAAAAUUUCACAAAAUGAGAUUCGGAAAUUUGGUCGAAAUUUGCUUUUGGCUAAAUUUGGCAGUGAAAGGGUUAAAACUCGAAAAAAAUGGCCCAAUAUUUUUCAAGUUUCAGUCCAUGUCCAUCCUUGCCAUCCGUACCAACAUGUGACUGAAAACACGUUCAAGGCCUGAACAUAUUAUUUUCGUAUUAUUCUUCGAAUUCAAUCGAUGCGAACACACUUUUUAGCUUUUAAAAAGAUAGCAAAUAGAUACUGUAACAUGGCCCCUUCAAAUGGUAGAACUAAGGGAAAGGAUAGCGUCACGACAGAGAGUAGGUUUUCAGUGACUAAAAUCGCCGUCGCCAACAGCAGGCCUUUUUAAGAAUGGAAUUUACAAAUAUCCCUACCUCCUCCAACUUAGAAUAUAAAGUUACCUCUGAUUAAAAAGUGCUGCGCCCUUUCGUUCCGUUUAUAAAGUUAAAACUUCGUCGUCUUUGAGCAGCUGUUAUGAAAUGAAAUAACAAGUGUAGGUUUGGCUUGCUUCCUUGUCAUCUAUCUUGAUCUUUGUUUUAAUUCUUUUUUUAGCUUUGAAUGGUAUUUUACUAACACAGAUGUUUUUCUUUCUUAAAUAAGAGAUCUUCAAUUCAACAAUUUAAGGAAAUGGAAGGGUGACCCUUCCAGUGAUGUACCUUCACUUCAAGUUCUCAAAGUAAACGGAAACAAGAAUUGGAUACCAAGUCAGCGGAUUUUAAAGUUGCCCAUGCUCAAAGAGGUGCUUGGAGUCACAUGGAGUCAGCACUGCUUCGAGUGUGAUCUCAUUAAGACCCAACUACUUUUCAGUGACCAGGAAAUAGGCGACGAGGAGGACAUGGGAAGUGGAGAAAUUGUGAGCGGUGAAGGCGAUGGCGACGACAUUGCUUGUCACGUGACAAUUACAGAGUUUUAUUUUUACCCUGAUGAGGUAAAAUAUGGGAUGUCGUCACAGUUUGUAAAACAAGGCUUCUCACCACAGUGUCUCUGCGAUCCUCACUCGGAUUGUUAUAAAAACGAGGUAACAAUUACGUUUCUACGACAACUGUAUUAUCUUCCGCGAAAAUUGUUUUUGUCUCAGUAUGGAUUGGGUGCGUUGAUAAUCUUGCUGAAUGUUACCGUUCUUGCCGUGAUUUUGCGUUCAAGGAUACUCAGGAAAAAUGUUUCUUUUAUCUUACUUGGCAGUAUGUCAAUGAGUGACUUACUGAUUGGCGUAUACUGCAUAGUGAUCGCCAAGUACAACUUAUUUAGCAAUUUAGAUGAAGUUAUACUAGGAGUUAUUUUGGACAAUGACCCAAAGAUUUGCAGUUAUAUUGGAAUGAUCUUCACAACUGGUCAAGUUACAGCUGUUAUCAACUCCCUGUUGUUGACUCUGGAGAGAUAUCUUGUAAUAGUGCACUUCCAGGGAUGUCGAGGGAAAAUAAAUAAGAGGACAAUGUUCGUCGUUCUGACUUUCGCAUGGAUUGGAGCUGUUAUCUUUGCAAGCCUGCCUCUGCUGGGAGUAGAAAGGCUAAAAUACCAUAAGUGGUUCCAGUGCACAAUGCCAUUUCACACCGGAAAAGGAAUCACGCAGACAACAGACGUCACACUCAGCAUUUCCGCCAUAUUUGUAAUUCUCUACUUGAUCAGUCUUGGACUGUAUGUGUUGAUCUUCUGCUACGCAAGGAAGUCAAGUGUACAAUUUGGCAUCAAACGCGAGGCAAGACUGGCCAGAAAAAUCGCCAUGUUGGUGUCCUCAAAUUUCAUAUUAUUCACUCUCCCGACUGUACUGCUUCUAGUGUACGUUUACUCAUUCUCCGAUGUGUUAGUUGAUAUGAUUAAAUCCUUCUCAAGCAUGCGCUCCUUUUUUAUUGUUGGCGGAUGGCUUCCGGUCACGUGUUUCAGCUUGAAUUCGCUGGUGAAUCCCUUCCUGUACCCAUUCAGACAUAAACAAUUUAAGAAGGAAAUGCGUUCUUUCCACUCAAGACUAAGGAGUGGUAUCAGUAAUACUUUUUCCCCUUUCGCGGCAACAGCACAACAACUGAGCCUUCGAACAUCUGCACUCAGUCACCACAUUCGACUUCAUUUCCAUUCCUUCACUGCCCGACGGGAUGGGCAAACCUCGGUUCGAGUGGAGCUUCAGCCUGACGGGCAUUGCAGACGAAGGGCGUCUGUAUGA